AAGGGAGGGUGACACGAAAAAAUCAACUUUUUUAUUUUUGCAUAAAUGUGUUCUGUUUGGGACCCAGAUGCAUGUUAUAAAGAUUGAAAUAUUUUAAUUAAUUAUUGAUGAAGUUACAGAAGGUUUAGUGGGGCAGAUUUAGCAUCCUGUCUAAUGGACUUCCUGUUGUGGUUGAAUGUGGGCGCGGCUACUAUGUGAUGUCAUAAAAGGAACAGUAGUGUAGCAACUAUGAGUUCAAGCAGUGAUGACAGUGGUAGUUCUAGUGUUCUAAGCCUCUCUUGUUCAGUGUCUUCUGUUGAAAGUGAUGUGUCAGAAGUUUCAGAACAUGGAAGUAAUUAAGAAACAAUUGAGCCCUACAGAUUUGAGCCUGAAGAGAGUGACACACCAUUAGACACUGAAGAGACAGAACCAGGAGGAGCGGAAGACAGUGAUGAUGAUGAUGAUGACUCUGAAGGUGAAGAGAGACUCCUCAACAGAGAUUGGUGUCAGUGUGGAAACUGUGUUAUAAUGCCAACGGGAAGAGAGUGUGUAUGUUGCUGUGAAGUGGAAAGUGUCGUAGAGAAGAAGGAAGAAAAUCAUACUGAUAUAAGUUGCAUAACUGACCAUGAAGGAUUCACACCGGUGUGCCUCGAUGUGUGGGUACUUCAAACAGCAUACUCUAACUAUAGAUAUCAUUAUGGUGAUCCUGAAGAGAAGCACAUCCAUGAGCGUUACCGUUUCAUUGCUUAUCGGCAACUUGCUGGUUGGUGUUGGGGAUGGCUUGGUCGGAAAAUGAGGGUAGUACUACCAAGCUGCGCUGUAAACCGAAUCAGGACAAGUUUCCCUUCUGCUAACUAUGCUGGAUUUAAGUAUCCACAAGUGUCAAAUUCAACAACAUAAAUAUAAAUUGUCAUACGUACAUGAAAAAUGUGAACAAAUG